UCUAAGUGCAUGCUCUGUAACAGAUUUGGGAGAACAAGCAGUGUCGGACUCACUUUAUUACGAUACCAGCAGCGAUAUCAACAGCGGCAGCGACUGUUUCCUAUUAUUACAAUGGCGGCUCUUCAGUCAACUACAAAGCGAGAUGAACUGCGGCAUAUUGAGAGGGAAGUGCAACAGCAGUGGGAAAAGGAUAAAGUCUUUGAAGUGGAUGCACCUGAACAUGUAUCAGGAGAUGCAAAGAAAGAGAAAUUUUUUGUCACAUUUCCUUAUCCUUACAUGAAUGGAGCACUGCAUCUUGGUCAUACGUUUUCUCUUUCCAAAGCUGAGUUUGCAGUUGGCUACCAGCGAAUGAAGGGCAAACGCUGUCUUUUUCCAUUUGCAUUUCACUGCACAGGAAUGCCAAUCAAGGCAUGUGCUGAUAAGCUUACUCGUGAGAUGGCUGAGUUUGGAACUCCACCAGUUUUUCCACAGCUGGACGCUGCAGAUACAGGACAAGGACAAAAGGUAAAAUCCAAAGUUGCAAUGAAGACAGGAAACUUGAAGUAUCAGUGGCAGAUUAUGGAAGCUUUAGGGCUCUCCAAGGACAAGAUACCAGCGUUUGCGGAUGCUGCUCAUUGGUUGGAACAUUUUCCUGUGGUUACGGAAGCAGAUUUACGAAGUAUGGGCUUGAAGGUUGACUGGAGACGGUCAUUCAUUACGACAGAUGCUAAUCCAUAUUACGACUCAUUUGUGCGAUGGCACUUUCUAACACUAAAGGAUAGAGAUAGAGUGAAGUUUGGGAAAAGAUAUACUAUUUACUCAGUAAAGGAUGGACAACCAACUAUGGACCACGAUCGCUCAGAAGGAGAAGGUGUUGGACCUCAAGAGUACACUCUGAUCAAGAUGAAACUGUUAGAGCCAUUGCCUGAGAAACUCAAGUUUUUGUCCAGCUCGCCAACAUUUUUAGUAGCAGCUACUCUUCGACCAGAAACAAUGUAUGGUCAAACCAACUGCUACAUUGGACCUACUUUGGAGUACAUUGCUUUCAAAGCAAAGAAUGGUGAAGUAUUUAUCAGCACUAAACGAGCUGCUACCAACAUGGCAUACCAGGGAAUGACAGCAGAAGAGGAAAAAGUUGAUGUCUUGACAACAUUGUCUGGCAUGGACUUGAUGGGUGUUGCACUCAAAGCGCCUCUGACAUCAUAUGACAAGAUUUAUACUUUGCCAAUGCUGACUGUAAAAGCAGACAAAGGAACUGGAGUUGUAACAUCUGUACCAUCUGAUGCCCCUGAUGAUUUUGCAGCUUUGCAAGAUUUAAAGAAUAAAGAUACUUUCCGACAAAAGUAUGGCAUUCGUGAUGACAUGGUUCUGCCAUUUGAACCAAUUGCCAUCAUUCGUACUGGGGAGUUUGGUGAUUUGUCAGCACCCAAGUGUUGUGAGUUGAUGAAGAUCAAGAGCCAGAAUGAUCACAAACAGCUUGCAGAAGCAAAGGAGAAAGUGUACAAAGCUGGAUUCUAUGAUGGUGUUAUGACCAUUGGUCAUUGCAAAGGGCAGAAGGUUCAAGUUGUGAAAAAAGUAAUUCAGAAACUGAUGAUUGACAAUGAUGAAGCUGUUCUUUACCAUGAGCCUGAAGGCAGAGUUGUUUCUCGGUCAGGGGAUGAGUGCAUUGUUGCCCUUUGCGAUCAGUGGUAUCUUGACUAUGGGAAUGAGGAGUGGAAAGAGCAGACCAGAAAACUCUUAGACAAUGUCAAUACCUAUUCGGAUGAGGUGAGGCGUAAUUUCUUGGCUACACUCGAUUGGUUGGAAUCUCACGCUUGCUCGAGGUCUUAUGGUCUUGGAACUAAGUUGCCAUGGGAUACUCAGUACUUGAUUGAGGCAUUGUCUGACUCAACAAUUUACAUGGCAUAUUACACAGUUUCUCAUCUUUUGCAAGGAGCUGUCAAUGGCUCCAAACCAGGUCCACUUGGAAUAAAGCCUGAACAACUGACAAAAGAAGUGUGGGACUACAUCUUUUUUCGAGAUGCUCCAAGACCAGUGUCUGACAUUACAGACGAAGCCUUUGUCAAACUGCGACAAGAAUUUCAGUUUUGGUAUCCUUUGGACCUUCGUGUCUCAGGAAAGGAUCUUGUUCCCAAUCAUCUCACUUACCUUUUGUACAAUCAUCUGGCAGUGUGGGACAAGUAUGAUGACAGGUGGCCGAAAGCUAUUCGAGCAAAUGGACAUAUUUUGCUGAACUCGGAGAAGAUGGCAAAAUCAACUGGGAAUUUCUUGACUCUACAGCAGGCAGUUGAGAAGUUUGGUGCUGACGCAAUGCGAUUCAACUUGGCUGAUGCAGGAGACUCGAUCGAGGAUGCCAACUUUGUUGAAAAACAUGCAAAUGCUACUAUACUACGACUACAUGGCUUGGUUGACUGGACAAAGGAAGCACUGGCAUCAUUGAAACAACAUCGGGAAAAUGAUGAAUUGACAUUUUAUGAUAGAGUUUUUGAAAGUGAAAUCAACCAAGCAAUUUUACAAACAGUUGAGAACUAUGAAAACAUGUUGUUUCGAGGAGCUCUGAAAACAGGAGUGUUUGAGCUGCAGAGUGCUCGAGAUCAUUAUCGAGAAAGGGCUGACAGCGGUCGUGGUAUGCACAGAGACAUUGUACAACGAUAUAUAGAAGUGCAAGCUUUGCUACUUUGUCCCAUAUGCCCACAUGUGGCUGAGCACAUGUGGAGACUACUAGGAAAGAGCGGCAGCAUUAUGAAUGCUCUUCUUCCAGUUGCUGGUGAAGUAGAUGUUCCUCUUAUAGAAUCUGCAGCCUUCUUACGCGACUGUGCUCACAACUUGCGUAUAAAGAUUCGAAAUUUGACAGAAAAGAAUCCUGGUCAGAAACCACAGUAUGCAACCAUUUAUGUUGCUGAACUCUAUCCUCCAUGGCAAGCUGCUGUGCUGAAGUGCCUUCAGCAUUCAUACAAUGAGGAAACUGGAGAGUUUCAAGAUAACAAGACAAUUUCUUUAAAACUAAAGGAUAUUCCAGAAGUGAAGAAGUUUAGCAAGAAGGCAAUGCCAUUUGCUCAAAUGGUUAAAGAAAAUGUCAAUCAUGAUGGAGUGGCAGCAAUGAAUUCAACAACUUCAUUUGACCAAGUGGCAGUGCUAAAGCAAAACAAAGCUUUCUUGGAGCAAUCUGUAGAGUUGUUCUCGAUUCAAGUUGUAUUAUCUAGUGAAGGAGAUCAACGUGCAAUAGAAGAGAGCAUGCCAGGGAAGCCAUACAGUAUUCUCCACUUCACUGAUCCUCAGCCUCAUGUUAUGGUCCAGUUUGCUAACCCUGAAGUGGCAUCGGGGCACUUUUCACUAAAUGUAGCCAUUCACGAUGGAGACACAGUCGAAACCGUUAUAGAAGCAAUUAGGAAAAUUGAUGGAAAACUAGGAGCAUCACAGCCUGUUCACAUUUUUCGCUAUAAUGAUCCAGUGGCUGGUCCGAGAAAAAUUCCUAAAUAUCAGUGUCCUGAUGACGGGAAAAGCCUUCUUGUAUCAGGCAGUGUGUUUCAUAUCACAUCUGAUGGUCAACUAGCUGUUCGAGAUCCAAACGCUGAAGUACCAGAUGACAUUUUGGUUGGGAACAAUAUGUGCUACCACCUGACAUAUGUCAGUUCAUGAGAAAGACAUUUCUCUGAUUGAAAGUUUAGUAGUUGGACUCUGAUACUGUUGCAGUGACUGUAGUGUUGCUUUUUCAAUUAUCAGGCAGCAUUUUGUUUGCUUGUCAAUUUGACAGUUUAUUGUCUUGCAUGAUGAGUUUAGGUGGACUGUGUGAAUGUCAGAAGUUGGUGCAUUUCUUUGAGAGCAUACAAUCUUUAGUCGAGUCUAGAGUGUUAUGUAUGUACAAAGUCUGCAAGUGGUCAAAUAAUAGAACAUGUGUGCAGUA